GUGUUGUAUCUCCGUUCCCGUCUCUCCCAUUGACCUGUCUGAGAUCCAAUGCGACCCGUCACUCCGCCCCGCUGAGAACCCAUGAUCGCGCUUCCAGCGGCGCCGCCGCUGUCCACGAGGCUAGGAUUUCGUGGUGCGCUGGUUAUGGUCGGGAGGUUGGGCGGGCGACGGAGCGGUGGAGUGGAGUCGGCGAGAUUAGGGUCCCUGCUGCCUCGGAUGGAAGCGGCCACUCCCUGGGAGGAGCCGAAUGCCGGGUUCAUACGGCGGGAGAGCGAGCUUGCUGCUGACUCAGCGAAGCAGCGCUGUGGAUCCUCUGCUGCAGUAGGAGCAUCAAGCCAAUUUUUGUCAACUGUUGGGAAGUCAACAAACAUCGUAUGGCAUGAAUGUCCGGUUGGAAAACUUGAAAGGCAAAAGUUACUAAGCCAAAAGGGAUGUGUCAUAUGGAUCACAGGACUCAGUGGUUCAGGUAAAAGCACUCUUGCAUGUGCUCUGAGUCGAGAGUUGCACUACAAAGGGUAUCUCACUUACGUCCUUGAUGGUGACAAUAUUAGACAUGGCCUGAAUCGUGAUCUUAGUUUCAACGGAGAAGAUCGUGCUGAAAACAUACGCAGAAUUGGAGAAGUAGCAAAACUAUUCGCAGAUGCUGGUGUUAUUUGUAUAGCUAGUUUAAUCUCUCCAUUCAGGAAGGAAAGAGAUGCUUGCCGUGCAAUGCUGCCUGAUUCUUCAUUUAUUGAAGUUUUUCUUAAUAUUCCUUUGGAGGUCUGUGAAGCAAGAGAUCCAAAAGGUUUAUACAAGCUUGCACAAGCAGGAAAGAUAAAAGGUUUUACUGGGAUAGAUGAUCCAUAUGAACCACCCUUGGAUUGUGAGAUAGUAAUACAACAGAAAGGUAGCCAGUGCCCUACUCCAAAAGUUAUGGCUGAACAAGUCAUAUCGUUCCUAGACAAGAAAGGAUUUCUGCAGGCUUAGUGCCAUCUGCUGUGUCCACAACUCGUGGACCAAGCGAAGCUGCUCCUGGCACCAAAGAUCUAAUAAGCAGGAAAGGCCAUUCUGGUGAAGCUGUGAUUUGUGAUACGAGAUUGAAAUACGUGGUUGCCUGCUGAAGCUCUGUCAUCUUUAUUCCUUCUAAUGCUAACUUGCAUUCGGUGAGCAUUAGAGAAUAAUUUGUUUAUUUUAGCCACUUCUCAUUCAAUUGGUUAAUCACAAACUAGACUGGAAACAAAAUGACAUUCAUAUGUAUACAGUGUGGGAGAUUUGUAUCAUUGGAAUUGGUUUUUAUUUCCGUAUGGGUGAAUCCACUUCUCAUUUCCUUUUUU